AUGAAACUCUUGGAAAAAAUGGUUUAUAUGAAUGUUUUGAUGACGAUUAUGGCGAUUUGGUUCGUGUCCAUUAGUUACGGUCAAGGAGCCGAGUCACCAAUGGCAGGUGUUGUAGCCGAGGCACCAACGAUUGAUGAUGCAUCCGACUCACCUGGAGCUGACGGAUUCAACAACGGUUGGUAUGACGCACGAGCCACAUUUUACGGUGACAUCCAUGGUGGAGAGACUCAAAAGGGAGCUUGUGGAUAUGGUGAUCUAUUCAGACAAGGCUAUGGUCUAGCCACGGCGGCGUUGAGCACAGCACUCUUCAACAACGGGUACACGUGCGGGGCUUGUUUCGAGGUCAUGUGCGCGCAUGAUCCACAAUGGUGUUUGCCCGGAUCCAUCAAGAUCACAGCUACAAAUUUCUGUCCACCAAAUUACAGCAAAACCACAGACCUUUGGUGCAACCCACCACAAAAACAUUUUGAUCUCUCCCUUGCAAUGUUCCUCAGGAUCGCCAAGUACAAAGCCGGGGUUGUCCCGGUUAGAUACAGACGUGUUCCUUGCUCGAAAACCGGUGGUGUCAAGUUCGAAACUAAAGGAAACCCUUAUUUCUUGAUGGUCUUGCCGUACAAUGUAGGAGGAGCCGGAGAUAUUAAGGCCAUGCAGGUUAAAGGAAGCAGAACCGGAUGGAUAACCAUGAGGAAGAAUUGGGGACAGCACUUGACCACCAAUGUUGUGUUGACCGGACAAGGUUUAUCAUUCAGGGUUACGACGAGUGAUGGGGUUACUAAGGAUUUUAUGAACGUGGCACCACAUAAUUGGGGAUUUGGUCAGACUUUUGAUGGAAAGAUUAACUUUUAG